AUGUCCGCUGUUCUCCUCUUUUGCACCGCCCAGGUGCCAGCGCAACUCAUCAACAAACUCAUGGAAGACUGCAUUCUUCCCGACCCCGAUUUCACAAUGAACUUCUUCAGCCUUGUCCGCACCCCCGACCAACCCGACGUCGACGACUGGGCGACCGAACCCCCAGUCGAUUAUUUCACCACCGGUUUCCUGGGCAAGACAGAUGCCGAACUGCGCCGGUUUCCCACAGAGCGCAUUCCCCAGGUGGAACAUGGGCAGACUGUUGACAAGAGGUGGGUUGCCGUUUUGGAUGAGCAGUCUAUGAGCACGCAGACGGUCGUCCUGCACAACUCGUAUGCGAAAAGUCUGUGGGAUGAAGUUCGUCCGGGGGAGCCCAUUCCCGCUGGCGGGAAGUCCUUUGAGGACGGCCGGAUUUGGUGGAAAUGGCGCGUUCCGUUUAAACACGCGUGGACGUUUUAUAAUAGUCUUGAAAGUGACCCUACGGCUACAACGUUGAAUCAGUAUGCGAGGCCGGAGUUGCAUAAGGACGGGGUGGUGGAUAUGGACACAGUACAGAAGAUCAUGGAUGGUGACAUGACAAUAGAGGACCUUAGUUAA